GAGAAAUCCCACAAAAGGAAAAAGAAAGGUUCUGUCACAUUAAGCAUUGCCUAAUAAUAACCAGUAAAAAAAGAUAGAAAAAGAUUAUGAAAACCCCAAAUCUUCAAUCUUUCUGUAUGUUUUUUGACUCUUUUUUUUGUUCUGCAUCCAUUCUUUUCUGUGCUCAAAAGGGUUGAAGAAAGGAAAAAAAAACAGAGUCUCUCUCAUUAAUGGAGACUGUUCGUUAAACAUCGUCUCUGAGAUUGUUUCUUGGUUCCAAAGUCAAAGUCAUCAUGUCGAGCGGGAACUUUUGCGGCUUAACGCCUCAUGUCUUCCGACACAAGUUCUCAAGAAUGCAGGUCCCGAAAAGACUUGCUUGGAAAAGUGUGCAGAAGAACAGGGAAGAGAUGAGGCAUGCGUCACCAUCGCCUUCUGCUGCAUCGCCCAACAGCUUCAGAAAGAAGAGGAAAGAGAUUAGGCGAAUGGCAUCGGAAAUAUCGUCUAAUGCUUUGUCAAAGAGCAUCAAUUCUGUGAAACGGGCUGCAUCUUCGCUCUCUGCAAAGACUCGGAAGCAAGUUCAGAGCCUUAAAAACGUCGAAGAUUCGCCGAAAUGCAGUCCGAGUUUCAUUCUUAUGGUGGAGCUCAGGAAGAAUAUCUUGACCUUCCGGGACAUGAUCGACUUGCCUUCUCUUGAUGCCUCUCUCUCUGUACCCGAGAUUGUGUUGCAGACAAUGAAAGAUCUCCAGAAGCUUUCUUACGAGAUCAUAACCAUCAACAAGGCGUUUGAUAUGAAAGACACGGACAUGGAUAAGAUGUUCAUAUUCUUCUACGAAGAUCUGAGAGCAAUCGGAGAUUCUUGGAUUGUGGAUCACGAAUGGGUGGAGAGAUCCAAGUAUAAACAAACUGGAUUGGGGAGGAACAAGUCUGAUCGCCUCGUGGAACAUGUACUCGCAGCACUAGAUGGGCUGAUCAAGAUGUUGCGGGAAAGAUUCGAUAUGAUGGAACUCGAAUAUGGCGGGAAGAGAGAGUGUUUUCCAAAGGGUACACCGCAAGGAAGAAGCUUGACAAGGUCCGAGUCAUAUUCAGAAGGAACGAGCUCGUUCUUCGCGUCUCCUCUUACACCCACAUCAGUUCUUCCUGGGAGGGUGUCUGGUAAUUCAGCGUCUCCUACUCUCUGGAAUCUAAGAGCUCAAGCUCUGGAUAAGUUGAGCCCUGCUGAUGUAAAGCGAAUCGCUUUACAUAUAUUGUCUCAGAGAGAGGAUCGAUCCCUCCUUGAUCUGGACCUCAAGAACGAUACCAUUUACGAGGAGGCAGAGAAACUCGAAGGAGAAGAAGAAGAGGAAGACUGUGAUUUUGAUGAUCGGAGCUACAGAGGAAUUGAAGAGAAUGAAACAGAACAUGACUUAGAAACCGAUGAUCAGAACAAUCUGACAACUUCAGGUACAUCAGAAGAAUCUUCUGAAGGGAACCUGAAUCUUGGUACAUCAGAAACUUCACACGAGCUACAAGAACAAGAACAAGCCUUGUCAUCUUGUUCGAGUAUUGUCUCAGUCACGCCAUUGACCUCACCUCCAAUGUGGCCUCCGCCACUCUCAAUCCUCACCAGAAGCUCUCCUCCUCCUUCUCCUCCGCCAAUGCCGCCACCACUUUCAAAGCUCGCCCAAUGUUCUCCUCCACCGCCACCUCCUCCUCCUUCACCACUUCUCUCAGCUCUUUCAGACAGAAGUAAUCAACUUCCAUUGACAAAUAGAGCUCCUGUUCUGUCUCCACCGACAAAUAGGGCUCCUGUUUUGUCUCCACCGACAAAUAGAACUCAUGUUCUGUCUCCACUGCCUCAACCAAGUCCUGAAAGUAGAGAAUUGAGUCUACCACCGCCACCACCUCUGCCACGGAGAAACGGAGAUGCUGCUGAUUCCACGAAGCCGCCGCCUCCGCCGCCUCCGGGAUCAUCAGCUGCCAAAUCAUUGCGUGCGAAGAAAGCAACCAGCAAGCUGAGGAGAUCAGCCCAAAUCGCGAAUCUGUAUUGGGUCCUCAAGGGAAAGCUCGAAGGCCGUGGUGUCGAAGGCAGAAGAAGUAAACCGAAGAAAAGCAUGGCCACCGGAAACGUUGCUGCUGCUGCUGCUGGUGGUGGUGGAGGGAAAUCAGGAAUGGCUGAUGCGUUAGCGGAGAUGACAAAGAGGUCAGCUUAUUUUCAGCAAAUCGAAGACGAUGUUCAAAAGUACACGAAAUCUAUCGAUGAACUGAAGCACGAAAUACAUAGUUUCGAGACAAAAGACAUGAAAGAGCUACUUGAGUUCCACUGCAAGGUGGAAUCUGUUCUUGAGAAACUAAGUGACGAAACACAGGUUCUUGCGAGAUUCGAGGGUUUCCCUCAGAAGAAACUGGAAGCAAUAAGAUCUGCAGCUGCGGAGUACAAAAAGUUAGACGGAAUUAUGAACGAACUAAAGAACUGGAAAGUGAAGCCUCCAUUAAACGAGCUCCUCGACAAGAUCGAACGUUUCUUCAACAAGGUUAAAGGAGAAAUAGAUGCACUGGAGAGGACAAAGGAUGAACAAGCAAAGAUGUUUCAGAGCCACAAGAUUCAUCUGAACUUCGAUAUCCUUGUCCAGAUCAAGGAAUCUAUGGUAGAUGUCUCUUCGAACUGCAUGGAGCUAGCUCUGAAGGAGAGGAGGGAAGCAAACGAAGCACAGAAGAAAGGAGAAGAAGCCGAUACAAAGUCAGAAGUGACAAAGAAACCAGAGGAGGCUAAAAGGCUAUGGAGGGCGUUUCAGUUUGCGUUCAAAGUCUAUACAUUUGCAGGAGGGCAUGACGACAGAGCCGAUCAUCUGACAAGACAGUUGGCUCAUGAGAUUCAGACAGAUCCUCAGACAGAUUCUCAAACCAAGUUCUGAACCAAAAAUGCUUCGCUGUUUCUGAGAAACAGUUGUUGCAAAACAAUUCUUUUUAAUUUUUUUUUGGGUUUUCUGGUUUUUUAUUAGAACAAUGUAUAUAAAUAAAGCAGAAUUUCAUUUUUGCUAUGGUGAAGAUGUUUUUUUUUUAAAUUAGAACAGUGUGUAUAAAGCUUUUACAUGUUUUUACUCCAUUGAGUUCAGUUGUACAUGAACACAAGAUCUUCGACAAAAGUUUCAACUUUGCGAACGGUCUCGCAAGUCAGUUCUCUAAAUGGGUUGCGAAAACGAACUGUCUCGCAAGUCAGUUCUCUCAAGACGAAUCCGACGACGGGCACCCAACAAAUACACAUUCUCGCAGAUCAACACUAUAAUCCAAACCCAAAGGUCAGGUAUUGCCAUCGUCGGAUCCAUACUUGACCACGAUGGAUACCCGACUUUCAGAUACCCAACCCACAGAUCGUAAUGAGAACUCACAAAAGACCCUGAGGGCGUCCUUUUGAGGCUCGAGUUAUUCCGACACAGACAACAUACCAUUGAUAACAUGUUUUUGCAUUCAAUCCUUCUACGAGACACGGGUUUUACUUGAAUUCAAUUCAUAGCACAAACAAGAUUCCAUGUUGU